AUGACCUUUGUUCAGGACUCAGAACUCACUGGACAUCAAGGGAUCCAUAGAGGAGAGAAACCAUAUAAAUGUGAUGUAUGUGGAAAGGCCUUUAGUCAAAAUGCAAGACUUAUAGUUCAUCGGAGAAUUCAUACUGAAGAUAAACCAUAUAAAUAUUAUGAAUAUAGCAAAGCUCUUAGUGCACAUUCAGCCUUUACUGACCAUCAAGCAGUUCAUACAGGAGAGAAACCAUAUAAAUGUAAUUUAUGUGGCAAAGCCUUCAGUCACAGGUCUUAUUUUACAGUUCACUGGGGAAUUCAUACUGGACACAAACCUUACAUGUGUAAUGAGUGUGGCAAAGCUUUUAGUGCACAUUCAGACUUAACUAAACAUCAAGCUGUUCAUACAGGAGAGAAACCAUAUAAAUGUCAUGUAUGUGGAAAAGCCUUUAUUAAAAACACAAGACUUACAGUUCAUAGGAGAAUUCAUACUGGAGAGAAACCAUAUAAAUGUGAUAUAUGUGGAAAAGCCUUUAGUCAAAACGGAACACUUAUAGUUCAUAGGAGAAUUCAUACUGGAGAGAAACCAUAUAAAUGUGAUAUAUGUGGCCGGUGCUUUACUCGAAAUGCACACCUUGGGAUUCAUCGUAAAAUUCAUACUGGAGAGAAACCAUAUAAAUGUGAUGCAUGCGGAAAAGCUUUUAGUGCUCAUUCAGACUUAAGUAAAUAUCAAGCAAUUCAUAAAGGAGAGAAACCAUAUAUAUGUAAUUUAUGUGGCAAAGCCUUCAGUUUCAGGUAUUAUUUUACACUCCAUUGGAGAAUUCAUACUGGAGAGAAACCAUAUCAGUGUGAUGUAUGUGGCCAGUGCUUUAGUCGAAAUUCAUACCUUAGGAGUCAUUGGAGAAUUCAUACUGGAGAGAAACCUUACAAAUGUAAUGAGUAUGGCAAAGCCUUCAGUCAGAGUGCAGGCAUUAAAACUCAUCAGAGAAGUCAUACUUUAGAGAAACCACCUAAUCACAUCAAAUUAUUUUGUGACAGCAGGAUCCCAGAGAGUCUAGAAAGGCACCAUAUCUUUGGAGAGAAAGCUGAACAAAAAGGCCAGAAAAGGAAGGGCUCUCCACCUCUUGUUUCAUCUUUUUCCCAAUGCAUUCUGUGCACCUUUGUCUCAAUAAUCCUUCAGGAAAUGGUAGUAAAGAGGUUGGGCUUUGGAGUCAAACAUACUCGGAUCUGA